AGCAAGCGUCUGAGUGCGAUUGCGGUAUAAGCGAACAAAUCCCUAAACCCGUAAAAAUAACCAGAAAGGAAAAAAAAAAAAAAGAACCAGAGAGAUCGAUCCUUGGAGUCAAAACGAUCUCAAGAAGAAGAAGAAGAAGAAUCAAAAUCUGGAUCAGGAACGAGGGAGGAGAAGAUGUUGCCUACCACUUCGAGAUCUCGUUCUUCAUCUUCUUCAUCCCGAGCUAAUCCACUGUUCCUUCAGUAUUUUCGCCGUAUCGUCAAGUGGCAGCAAAUGGAUGUUGAAUAUACUUUCUGGCAAAUGCUUAACCUUUGUACAUCUCCCAAAGUUGUCUAUCAACACACUAAGUAUCACAAACAAACUAAGAACCAAUGGGCACGUGAUGACCCUGCGUUUAUUGUGAUCUGUAGCCUACUUCUUGCUGUUGCAACUGUAGCCUAUUGUGCCACAUAUGACCAUAGUGGCUCUCAUGCUGUCGUCGUAGUCGUUUCAGUUUUGCUCUCACAUUUCUUAAUCACCGGAGCAGUUAUAGCUACAUGCUGUUGGUUUUUGACAAACUCUUACCUUCGCGAGGAGGCUCCAAAUAGUCAUGUGGUGGAACAACGCGUUGAAUGGCUGUAUACAUUUGAUGUUCACUGCAACUCGUUCUUUCCAAUGUUUGUGCUGCUCUACGUCAUACAUUAUUUCUUAUCACCACUCCUGAUAACGCACGGAUUCAUCCCUUUACUGUUAUCAAAUCUGCUUUUCAUGGUCGGGGCUUCGUACUACCAUUAUCUUAACUUCCUAGGAUAUGACGUACUUCCAUUUUUGGAGCGAACAACAUUCUUCCUCUACCCAAUCGGGGUGGUGAUUGUCCUGUCCCCUAUUUUGAUCUUAAGCGGAUUCAACCCGUCAAGAUACUUUAUGAACAUGUACUUCAGCCAAAGGUUAUAAAAAAAUAGCCACAUCAGAGGAAUCCCAAGGGCUUUUGCACUGCACAUACAUCAUUCAAGUAAGGAACAAGAAGAUUGAGAAAGUAUGAUUUUCUUUUUUUACCCCGUGACAGAUCAUCGUAUUGCUCAGUUUCUGGUACAACUUCAAAGGCUACUUACUAGGACCAGAAACAUUUUCUAAACUUGACCCAUUUUAGCAAGUGCGCUGUUAAAUGUAGUGUUUUCUUGGUAUCUUCCUUUUCUCCCUCCUUUAUAUUUUCAGUUUGCGGUAAUUUAUAUGUUACAUGUUGAAAUCGACUGCUUGCUUCUUUGAGCCUUAAGUACAAACUGAUAAUCUUCGCUGAAACUGGAAAGGUGUAGUUAAGGAUGGGUCAGUCAGAUAUUUGAUUUGAUGAGCAUCUCUGUAAGGGCAACAACUCAUUGUCAUCUUUGGAUGCCAAAUUCGCAUCCAACGCCAUAUAAAUUUCAACAAAUUUAUUUGUUUUA